CUAAUUGACGCCCGCCGCAAAACGCAACCAUAUGAAAGGUGUGCGGGUUCCCUCUCAGCUGCGAGGUGCAAUUGGAAAAGUGUCAAUUGCUUGCUAGGCUCUCGGUCGACUCGACUCAACUCGACUAGGAACUAGGAAUGUAGUAUGCCCGGAGAGAAGGUGAGCAAGGGGAAACAAUUGAUGCGCGUCAAAAUGAACAAUGAGUUUCAAUUAGUUGCCACAUUGGAUUCUCCUCCAAUGGCCAUUUUUCGUCAUUCAUUUGCUCUGCAAUGAGGAAGUAUGAAUAGCUUGCUGAUUGAGCUGAGCGGAUUACCAUGCUACAACUGUGUGGCAACUCUGGCAAUUGUGGGUGCUUGAACUUGCAACGGCACGAUGAGUGUUGAGUGGGGAGUCGUGUACUCACACAUAUAUACAUACACAUCUAACUAUCUAACUAAACACACAUAUAUUCUGAACUUGAGGCGUUAAUUUGCGCAAACAUUUGCACAAAUAAUUCCGUACAAAAUUGUUAAAUCCAAUAUAAGUAAGCAUCGAUACAUUGAAGUGCUACUUAAAUCGAAGCUGCCAACCUGUUCCAAAAAACGACGCUGUCAAAGCUGCAUCUUUAUAUUUAUAAAAAAAAAGGGAAAACUUAUUCAAAGUCAAUUUAUAAUGAGUUCUGCUUUCUGUAACAAGUCUGAAAUGGAAUCCGAGCAGCCAGUAGAUCAGGAAAACUUGAAUUUGGAUAAGGAUGAGCCAAUAAUAGAGGUUGACUCAAAGCUAUCACUGAAGAACAAUAUUCUUUUCAAGCAUAAAAAUCAAUUAGAACAUUCGCAUUUGGCCAAAUUGAUUUUACCUAAGGAUGCGCUCGAAGUGCUUCAACAAUGCAAGGACAUUAAUAUUAGUAAUGUCAACAUUGAGGGGGAUGCUGAUGGUAAUUUCAUUGCAAAUGUCAAUGUGAAUUCUAAGCAGUACACGGCCAAGGGACAUUCUAAAAAGGAGGCCAAGAAGUUGGUGUGCGAAUUGGCUUUUCGUGAUUAUAUCAUCUCCAAAGACUUAUCAUCAGAUGACGAGACCUCAAAAAUGGAUGUGACUAUAUUACACUUGGCCUCAUUUGCCAUUUACAAGCUAUGUGAGGAGUGGAAUCGAGAUGGUUACGUGGCUCCAUUGGCUGAGAGCUCUAUGCCAGCUUCCAUGUGCAACAAAUUGCCAGCUAAAUGGGAGACAAUGCAUCCAGCCAGUGUAUUGCACGUUAUGCGACCAGGAUUGAAAUAUAUCCCCAUCGAUGGACAACCUAAUGGCCUACAAUGCAUGACAAUUGUCGUAGACAAUCAGGAAUUUAUUUCCUACGGAAGAUCAAAGAAAAUCGCUCGUCGCAAUGUGGCAAUCGCUGCCUGCAAUGCCUUGUUCAGCACUAAUUUCCGUAAUUGAGAAAACAAUAAAUUAAUAUAUAAAAAGUAA